GCGUCCUGAUAGAAAGCACCACCGGUCCUCUGCAGGGUUUCUGCUCUGAUCUGGACUUGUGGUCUGUAUCUUUGGAGGGAUUAUCUAGAGGAGGUUCCUGCUGUUAGCCGGUGUUGGGGAAUGACCCAUGGGGGACUCUGUGGAGAAGAGCUCGGACGGCCCCCGGCCCGUGGAAGGUUCUGGAGGGUGUGCAGACUUGCUGGAGACGCUGAGCGAGGGCAGGCUGGAAGACGGCAGCGUGAAGUUCGAGGAUUCCGGACUUCCUCAGCAGCUCCAGGACGGCCUGCAAAGUCUCCGGCUGGACGGCUUCCUCACAGACGUCACGCUCAGUGUUCAGGGCCAGCUCUUCCCCUGCCACAGGGCCGUCCUCGCCGCUGCCAGUCUGUAUUUCAGAGCGAUGUUCUGUAACGACCUGCGAGAGAAACACGAGGACUGUGUGAACAUUAAAGGAAUCGAUGCGGAGAACAUGAAGAUCCUGCUGGACUACACCUACACCAGCAAAGUGCACAUCACCAAGGAGAACGUUCAGAAAACUCUGGAGGCGGCCAGCCUGUUCCAGUUUCCGCGGGUGGUGGAGGCGUGUGCAGUUUACCUGGCAGAGGCGCUGCAGCCGGAGAACUGCGUGGGAAUCCUGCGUCUGGCGGACACUCACGCUCUGGCGGGGCUGAAGGCACAGGCGCAGGCGCACCUGGUGCAGAACUUCGGACAGGCGUGUUCGGGGGAGGAGCUGCCGGAGCUGCCGGCAGCCGAGCUGAUGGCGCUGCUGCAGAGGGACGAGCUGGGGGUCAGUCAGGAGGAGCAGGUGUUCGAGGCGGUGAUGCGCUGGGUCCGAGCAGACCAGGCCGAGAGACUGCCCCUGCUGCCCCAAAUCCUUGCGCACGUACGGCUCCCCCUGCUGGACCCCUGCUACUUCGUGGAGAAGGCGGAGGGGGAUGAGUUGAUCCGUGGCUGCCCAGAACUGUUCCCUCUGCUUCAGGAGGCCCGCACGUACCACCUGGCAGGAAAUGAGGUGAUUUCAGAGCGCACUAAGCCGAGGCUGCAGCAGUUCCAGUCAGAGGUGUUCAUGAUUAUCGGCGGCUGCACUAAAGACGAGAAGUUCGUUUCGGAGGUGACGUGUUUGGACCCUCUGCGCCGCAGCCGGCUGGAGGUGGCCAAGCUGCCAAUCACAGAAAUGGAGACGGAGACUGACAACAAGAAGUGGGUGGAGUUUGCGUGCAUCACUUUCCGUAAUGAAGUGUACCUGUCAGGCGGUAAAGAAACCCAACACGACGUGUGGAAGUACAACGCUUCCCUCAACAAGUGGAUCCAGAUCGAGUUCAUGAGCAUCGGCCGCUGGAGACACAAAAUGGCGGUGGUCGGGGGGAAGGUGUACGUGAUGGGGGGCUUCGACGGCGUUCAAAGGCUCAGCAGUGUGGAGGCGUAUGAUCCCUUCCACAACUGCUGGACCGAGACUGCUCCUCUGAUGUUCAGUGUGAGCUCCUUCUCUGCAGCCAGUUAUGGAAAAUGUAUCUACGUGAUUGGAGGAGGUCCGAACGGAAAACUGGCCACUAACAGUGUUCAGUGUUUCGAUCCGACCGCUAAUAAGUGGACGCUGAAGAGUCCGAUGCCUGUCGAGGCCAAAUGCACAAAUGCUGUGACCUUCAGAGACUCCAUCUACGUCGUGGGCGGGGCGAUGAAGGCUCUUUUCUCUUACAGGCCGGACUCUGAUGAGUGGACGCUGGUGACGGAGUUGGGCAGUGAGCGGGCGAGCUGUGGAAUCGCCGCCUGCAGUAAUAAACUCUUCAUCACAGGUGGGCGAGACGAGAGGAACGAGGUGAUCGCCACGGUGCUGUGCUGGGACCCUCAGACCCGCCGGCUAACGGAGGAGUGCGUGCUGCCCCGGGGGGUCUCCCACCAUGGCAGCGUGACCCUCAGGAAGUCCUACACACACAUACGCAGGAUCACUCCGGGCACCGGUGCUGGAUAACCACGGACUCACUCCGGGACGCUUUUAUACCGGAGAGACUUGAAAACACAGAUUUUUCUGGUACCAUGUGAGAUACUGAACACACUCGCUGGGCGUGCAUUCCCACAAUGCACUGUGCAAACAGUUAGAGCCAAACGAAACUGUGAUCCAGUGAAGCAGCAGUUUCACCGUCUGACACGAGCUCUUUGUGCGUUUUACUGUAUUUAUGUUUAGUUCUAUUUCUGUUAUAUAAUUUCUGUAAAUACAGAAACGUAACAUUACUGUGUAUAAACGAUUGUAUAUUUUAUCAGAAAUGGGCUCUGUGCUCUUAUAUUGCUCUGUUAGUGAUUAAAAAUGCAUCCCAAUUUAAUUUUGGGAUGUUUAUUCUCAAAAAGUAGUGACUGAGACAUUAAAUCCAUUUUCUUUGGCCAGAUUAUGUACCUAAAAUGAACAUUCAGUGAAAUAAAGCAAUACUGAUGAAUAAAAAUAUCAUCAGCACUGUUAAGGGUAACCUACUCUUUUGAUUGAUCAGAUAUUAAAAGCCUUAAAUUUAACUUAAAUUUAGGCUUAAAUUUAAUUACUGCGUUCAGUUGUCUUUACAUUUUUUAAAGUGCUACAGAUGAAGAGUUUAUUAGUCUUGCCUGUUUAAUUCAGGACAUUUUCUCACUGUAACAAGUUGUUUACCGUUGUUAACAGCAGCUCGCCCACGCUGGCUAGCAUUAACAUUACAACAAGCGAGUAGGCAGGUUUGCAGGUUUGCACAGAAUAAAACAGAUAAACAGUCCCUUUUGAACCACUUUAUUAAUAUUUCAGACCACAACUGUCCAUAAAUGCCACACAAUGUAAACCUGGAGCCGCAUUACAGCAACUUCCUCUUUUUAGUUCUACAUUAAGAUCUGAGAGGUUGAGAUACAGCUACAGUUACUGAUGUAAAAAAGGUCAAACAGAACUGAAGUGUGAUAGACGGUGAGUAGUGAAUACUGUGAGAGCGCCCCCUGCUGUUUAUCAGAGCGUCGCCGCUCCCCAGUUUCAGUCUCCAUUUCCCAA